AUAAUUAACAAAACAAACAUUUUUAACAUAAUAACUUUAGUUUAAAAUACUCGUUAUCGUUCAGUGUACAUCUCCUCCCACCGUUCGCAUUCAAGGAAUGCGGCAAUGUGCGCUAAUUUUAAUGGCUGCCACUGCUGCUAUUACACCAAAACCAAAGACCCCAAUCACCAAACCUUCGCCACACGCAUUAAUUAAUAGCUAAAUAGGUUGGAGAAACGCGUACGACGAAUCGCUGUACAUUUAUAUGUACGUUGAUCGCGUAUAAUGGGAAUACAACAUGAUUUGAACAGCUUCAUCGAACAGCGUCGUGGCAAACGUCUCAUUCUUCAGCUCGCCAUGCUCACAUCUCUUGUUGCCGCCGUAACCGCAACUCCCACUCAUUCUGAUGCAGAUCUGCAACGACAGGAAAGCCAUCCGCCCCCUACCGCCCCCGCUGCUGCCAUUCCCUAUUGCGUGGAGCAGCAGGAGCGCAGAAUUGGACGCAGGCUGCUGUAUAUAAGCACACUGGAUGGACAUCUGACAGCCCUCGAUAUAGCGAGGUCGGGAAAAGUGCGCUGGAGCAUACCCACCGGACCCGGGGCACUCAUCUCAUCUAGCAUACAUCGUCUCGAGCUCACUAACAACGGACAGUUUGUUCGCAUGAUUCCCUCGUUGAGUGGCGGCAUCUACAAGUUUGACGGCGAAUCCAUAGAUCCUAUACCCAUAACCGCCGACCACUUGCUUAGUUCGAGUUCCAAGUUUUCGGAUGAUCUUGUUAUAUCUGGGGGCAAGGAGACGCGCACAUACGGCGUCUCAGUGCGUACCGGUCAGCUGCUCUACGAAUGCUCUCUGAAUGGCUGUGUGAAUGCGACGGAUGGAGGACGUGCCAUCCAUGACGAUAUGGGCGAUACCAUUGACAACGUGGAUGACGCCAAUAAUGAAGAUCAUUUGCGUGAUGAAUCUGGUUACAUUUUGGCGCACGAUCCAUUGGUGGACGAUGUCAUUGUGGUGCGUCGUCAAACCCAAACGGUGCGCGCAGUGGAGUCUCGCACGGGCAUAGAACGUUGGAACUUUAGUGUGGGACAGCACGAGCUGGAUGUAGUCAGGGCUGCCGAAUGCCCUAACCAACAGCGCAGCGAACUGGAGUUGGCUGUCCUAGAUAUUGACAUUAAGGUGGUUGUCCCGGAGGGCGUGAUUUGUGCAUUUAGCAAGAGCGAGCCACAUACAAUGCUAUGGAAGUACAAGUUCGAUCAUCCUAUCGUCAGUGCCUGGCAUACGAAUGCAGCUGAUGAAUUGCAGUCCAUCGAUCUAUUUAGUUCCUCGCAGUGGCUGUGGGAACAGGAUCAGGAUGAUAUAUUUGAGGCUCCAAUGCCGGGACGAUCACCUGCGAUGUAUCUGGGCAUGUAUCAGAAGCAGUUGUACAUACAAGAGUCUGUACAGCUGCGACAGGAAAUUGUGGAUAAGUCGCAGCUAUAUCAACAGUUGACUUCGGAGACAAAUCACAUGCCCAAGAUACCAUGGCGACCCAUAGCGGCCAGCAGCAACUCACUGGUGCUAUUUCAGAGCGAGGAACAGGCUUUGGUGGCUGGGGCACUGCCGCCAAACGAUGAUAAUGACAACAGCAAUGGGAGAGAGUUGGUGCCCUACGAUGAUCAGAACUUUGCUGUGGCCGCACAAUCCGUGCUGAAUGCUUCGGAAUUUGUCAACGGCAAUGGUUUCUUCUUUUACACAGCGACGCAAUGGGAGGGCGAGGGAGGUGCACUGGAAUGUGGCGCUAAUGAGACACCCACUGGCUUUCCAGCUAUUCAGGACACUCCGCCAGAUACACAGUCGAGCAACGAAACCACCGACAAUCGCACCAUUAAUGAGGAUUUGGGCCUCAGUCUCGAUGUGCCUGUGAAUGUCGUAAUCUUAUCGCUGUGGUUCUGGUGGAAGGAGAUCGUGGUGAUUGCUUUUACAUCCGCCGUACUGCUGAACAUGUUUAUGGGCCAUCGCAACCAGCGAGUGGAACGGGAAUAUCUUGUCAUUGAGCGUCAUGUGCCAGUACAAACAGCUAUUGAAGCUACGGAGGCAUCGACGCAGGCCUUGUUGGGACCUGUGGUGCCUCUUUCUAGAGGCAAUCGCUUUAGUUUGCCCCUCAAUUCUACUGGCGCACAGCGUUCGAUAUCCGAGUCAACCACACAUUCGGGCGAACAAUUCACCUCACGUUUCCAAACAGACUUCGAGCUGAUGCAGUGCUUGGGUCGUGGUGGCUUUGGCGUUGUCUUCGAGGCAAAGAAUAAGUUGGACGAGAAUAAAUAUGCCAUAAAGCGCAUCACGCUGCCAAACAAGGAAACAUCGCGACAACGUGUCCUGCGUGAGGCACGGACCCUGGCCCAGUGCGAGCAUCAGAAUAUUGUGCGCUAUUUCCAUUCGUGGGUGGAAACACCGCCUGUUGGCUGGCAGGAGGAGGAGGAUCGCAAGUUGCUGGCCCACGAGAUGUCCACAUCGAUACAAAUCGAGACUCCCGAUGGUAGCACAUUGCCAUCGCUGGCAGAUGGAUGGGCCAAGCAUCAACAGGAUAAACGUAAUCAGUUGAUCUCAUGGGUCUCGGAUGCGGCAACAAGCACGGCCUGUAGCCAUGAGUAUGGACAUGAAGACUCUGGCUUGCAUAAUAUCAGGGAAGAGUAUGACGAUGAAGAUGAGGACUCUUGUGUUGUGUUUCGUAGCGAGUCACAGUCGGCAGCAAUGCGUGAUAAAAAUGAUGAGGAUGACGAUGAUGAGGAAGACGAAUAUGAUGAAGAUGAUGAAAGCACGCCACCACUUCACCGCCGAAAGAGCACUUCUGUUUCUAUUGACAUACAUUCAGUGUCAUUUGAUCUUAAGAACAUAAACUACUCACAGCAUCAGCUGUCUAACUCAUUUCAAAUCGAAUCUGUGCGCUCCAAAGACAGUAAUACCGACGAUCUGAACGACAAUGGACAUUCCCAGCUGCCCAGUUCUGCCAAAUCCAAACCGCUGACCCUAGCUUUGGCUAAAAACCAUAACAACAAUCAGAAUGGUAGCCAACCGCCGGCGUUUUCAACACCUACACAAAGCGCAGCCAAUCAAAAUUUCAGCGGAAACAGCGUCAGUAAGCCCAGCAAGGUGUAUCUCUAUAUACAGAUGCAGCUGUGUCGGAAGGAGAGUUUGCGGGACUGGCUGCGGGAUAAUACCACCGAUGCGCGCUCCUCGCACAUUGCUCACAUCUUCCAUCAGAUAGUAGAUGCGGUCGAUUAUGUACACGUGAAGGGUUUAAUACAUCGGGAUCUGAAACCGAGCAACAUAUUCUUCUCACAGGAUGGCCAAAUAAAGAUUGGCGAUUUUGGUUUGGUCACCGACAUGUCGGAUAUUCCCAAUCUGGUGACCGAGUGUGGCGACGGUACGGGCCUGCCGUCCUGCGCUCGUCACACCCAGCAGGUGGGGACACACCUGUAUAUGUCGCCGGAGCAGCUGCGUGGUGGACAUUAUGACCUCAAGGUAGAUAUCUAUUCGCUUGGUUUGAUUUUCUUUGAGCUGCAUGUCUUCUUUGGCACCGAAAUGGAGCGUAUUAAGACAUUGCGGCAAUUGCGGGAUGGCAACUACCCGGCGGAGUUCGUCAACAACUAUCCAGCAGAGUAUGAGUUGCUGCAGAAAAUGCUUGCGACGGAACCAUCGCAGCGGCCGCAGACAAAACAACUAAAACAACAGCUUAACGACAUCCUGCGCCUUCCCGAACAUCUCGCCGAUGGACGAAGCGAGCAGGCAGCCAUGGCGGAGGCUGCCCGCAGACUCAGUCGUAGUCGCACCUUCAGCAGCAAUGAGUCGCCGUCGCCUCAGUGAUAAAGGACCAACAAAGAUGCGCCAUUAAUUAGAUAUAAGUUGAAAAGUCAUCAUUUCGCAUUUUGCUUUUAUAAUUAUAUAUCACUCAUUUAACGAUCCAGUCUGAUUAUUAGGGUAUGAAGUAUAUGUUCUUCGAUUUCAAUCGCUCUAAUUCAGAAACAAGUUUUGUUAUGCCUUUCGAACGCUAUCGCUUUAAUCCUAAUUUUAAUUUUAAGAAUUGUUAUCACCACUCCCUUGACGUCCUCUUGCACUACAAUCUACAACGUUGUAUCUUUGUCUUUGUUCACAUCUUCCGAUUGCCGAUUUCUUGUACUGUUUAGUAUUUAUUGUUUAAAUAUGCUGUCGCAAAUACAACUUAAAACAACAACAGUCCUUUCUUUAUAAGACUUCAACUUAGCAAUUAGAGCAAUACAUACAUAUGUAAUAAUGCGAUUUAAAAUACAAUUGUAGAUUAUUUGGCACUUAGCUACGUAAGAUUUUAGAUAAUAAAUCAUUUUUUUGUGAAAUUCAA